UUCCAGGAGACCAACCCAAAGUUUUGGAAAUAAAAGUGGAACCAGCAGAGGAUGAGGUGGACAACUCUAAAGUUCCAGCAGACCAACCCAAAGUUGUGGAAAUAAAAGUGGAACAAGAGGCCUUGAAAGAGGAUGAGUUGGAAGAGGAAACUAUCCAGCCAGCAAGUGAAGCUGUCAAGGAUGAAGUAGUGACUCAGGUGACUACCAUCUCCGAGAAGCUCAAUAAGGAGCUGGAAGACCUGGUGGAGAAAGCACAAGAGCUACAAGACAUCGCACAAGCUGUAGAGCCAAAACCUUCCCAAGAAGUAACCAAAGUUGAAGAAGAGCAACCUCAGGAGCAGGAACCUUUACCCCUGCUAGCAGAGAAACCUCCCACCAGCAUCCCAGAGGUACAAGCUCAUCCAAUCCUACAGUCACCUCCCCAGCAACGCACCUCCAAGGUGAUUAUUCACAAAAUCCGCCUAGAAACCGACGAAGAAGAGCGAGAACGGAAGGGUAAACCCACAAUUGAGGAAAUCAGCAGUACUUCCGGAAGCUCAUUGGCUGGCACCCUCUCCCCACCGCCACGCUACCUGGUGGAGUCGCCUAAGAAUGUGACUAGUGGAAGUGGAGGGCAGUUCGCGCGCUUCUCUCGGGAUGUGCAGAUCCAGGAACUGGAACUGAACAGCGAUUGCAGUUCGGGAGAGUUCAAUGUCACGCUAUCGCCUCUGGUCUGCGAAGCUGACUCGGAAACCGAGGGAUCGGGGUCGGCCGGAGGAGCUGGUCAGCAGGAGCUAUCUCCGCCAGAACAGCCGUCCAGCAGCAGCCGUGUGGAGCAGAAGGAGCAGCUGCGUCAGAAGCGCGCCCAGAAGCGAAACGCCCUGGAAUCGCACUUCUUGCCGCAGCUGCUGAAUCCGCGCUACCUGGACAGCAUCCUGGAGGAGAACGGUGAGACGCCCAGUUAUAAGAGCUCCUCCUCCAACUCCUCCUCCGCCGCCAACAAUCGUACCCCCAAGCUGAACGAGAAUUUCCCGAAGAGUCAGCUGGACUUCAGCAGGCGGCACAAGCGCCGGGAAGAGGCACCCACUCCUCUGAAGCUGGAGACCAAGUUUUUGGAUCAGUCCCUGGAUUUGGAGAGCUGCACUCGCCUGCAGAGCACCCUGUCGCCCCAGUCCGAGGACGCUGAGCUUGUAUACCUCAGCUCGUCGGCCUCCAGCAGUGUCUCCGAUCUUAUGGAGCUCGAGCUGGAGCAGGCGGCCGCUCUGGCAGAGAGGGCCCUGGUGGACCUGGAUACGGAUGCCAGCCGAUUGAUAAAUCCGCCGGAUGACGAGAUGAGCAGCACAAGCACCACCACGGCGGAGAGAAGCGAGACGGAGGCGGAAACGGAAACGGAGACGGAAAGAGAGGUGCCGGAGAGCCGCGAGAGCACACCUGUUAAUGGCAGCUCUCAGCUAACGUUAGCGCCAACGCCACCACCGACGUCGACGUCGACGCCGUCGGCAAGAGAACCAUUGGCAAAAGAUACAAAUGUUUCUAACGGAUCGUUGUCGGCCAGUUUCGGGGCAGCGUCUCCGCUGGCGGCCACGCGCGAGGAGUUCGUUCGCAAUAUGGACAAAGUGCGCGAGUUGAUCGAGAUGACGCGACGCGAACAAGAGGAAGUGACCGGUACGCCGCGAUCGCCGUCGCCACCGCCCGUACCCCCGCCCCCCGUGGGCCAUCAGCUUUAUAGCAACACCCACAUAGUACCCCUAAGCCUAGAUACCACCAGCUUCGCCAAUCUGAAACGGCAGGAGUCGAACGACUCGCACUGCUCGGACAGUACCACCCACAGCCAGUGCACGGCCAUCAACCUGGCCAGUCCCCCGCUUCCGAGCACGCAGCCACCCACACCGCCCCUGAGGCAAAAGCCAGCCCCGCCAGUAGCACUAGCACCACCUCCAGUUCCUGUUUCCGUGCCCGAACCCACACCCACACCUCCACCCACCCCAGAAUCCACCAUCGCUGCACCCAAUUCAGAGCCCGAGCUUUCAGUUGCAGAUUCGGACUCGGAUGCCAUCAAGAAGCUGCGUCUGCUGUGCACCGAGACCCUGGCCUCCAUGCCCUAUGGCGAGCAGGUGCUAGAGGAGCUGGCCAGCGUGGCCCAGAACAUAGCCAGCAAGUCGCAGGCCAACAUGCCGUACCCCAUGCCCCAGCUGCCGCACAUCAAGGAGCUGGAACUAAAUGCCGGCGAAGGCAAGUCCUCGUCCGCCUGGCUCGGCCUGCCCACCCAGUCGGAUCCCCAGCUGCUGGUGUGCCUGUCGCCGGGCCAGAGGCAACUACUCGAUGGGGAGACCCAGCCCGAUCAGCUGUUGGACGCCCAUCAGAAGUUCGUGGAGCGCCGGGGCUACCAUGAGCUGAGCAAGGCGCAGGUGCUGGAGCAGGAGGAGAAGCAGCAGCAGGAGAAGCAGCAACAGCAGCAGAGCGAGAUGCUCAAGACUGCGGCCAUGAUGCGGGAAUUGCGCAAGAGCCUGUCGCCCAGCAAGUCACCGCCCCCGGUGCCCCCGCCGCCGGUGCCCGUGAAGAGCGCCGAAACGGCGGCCAAGGCAAAUGCUAAUACUCAUCCAAACGCGAAAAGAGAUGACGCAAGCGAGCAAAAGCAGAAGAUAGAAGCAAGUGAAUCGUCAUCGCUUGAAAAUAAACCAAGGCGAGCAGCUGAUCUUUACGAGCAGCAGCAGUCGGCAGAGCACCGCCAGAGCAGCAGCACCACCAUGACCAGCAGCAGCAGCAGCAGCAGCACCAGCACCACCGGCACCGGUAAAUUUCCCACGCUGGAAAGCAUGGAAAGCGAACUGGCCAGAAUGUUCCCCCACCGUCCCAAGAGCGGCGACAUCUUCGAGGAGCAGCGCAAGCGGUUCUCCAACAUCGAGUUCCCCAGCCAUGUACCGUUGGCGACUCAGUCCCAGAAGCGAUACUCCAACAUCGAGACCAGCAGCUACGAGUCCAAGAAGCGCACCGAGAACGGUCAGGUGGUGUACGAUGUGAGUACUUCCAGCCACGAGAAGAAGGAGCAGGGGGACCCGCCCAAAGAUGGGCAGCAGCAGCCACAGCCCCCGGCACCGCCCGUUCCCCCGCCUCCAAUUAUGUCAGCAACGAAAUUAAACGGUGGCACUUUCAUUGAUGGAGACAACAAGCCCAAAAAUAGCCAGCCAGAGAAAGAGAACAGCGCCAGCAACGGUACGUACGAGGAAUUUCGGCAGCGUGCCAAGGCCGCCGUGGAUGCCAUUGGAGGAGAUCAUCAGCAGCAGCAGCAGCAGCAACAGAAUGGCUUGGAUCACGACCGCGUGUUCAAGGACUUUGACAGACUUUCGCAGCAGAUGCACGCCGAGCUGCAGUCCACGCGGGAGAGGCGGGAGAAGUCCGCGUCCCUCUACGAUCUCAGUGGGCUGACCCGGCCCGCGAGCACAGGCCAACAGAAGCUGGAGGAGCUGCAGCAGCGGCGCCAUGCCCACAUGCAGGAGCUGGAGCGGGAGAUCGAACGCUCGGCCAAAUCCCGGCAGGAGCGCAUGUCCUCGGUGCCCCGUCAGUUGGAGGCCACUCCACCCCAUGUCCAUGAAAUACCCAUCGAACUGGAGUCCCGAUCCCGGCGAGCCGAGUCUCUGUGCAACUUGAACGAGCCACCGCCCCGGCCACACACUACAGUAGGUAACUACGGAAACAGCCAGACCGACGACUGGGCCAGGUAUGCCAGUGACUUGGGCUAUUCGGAGAACAUUGCCCGACCCUUUGCCCGGGAGGUGGAGAUCUGCUAUCAGCGCCAGAACCCAAGGGCCUCACACGGUAUUCGGGCUCCCAGACUGUCGGCCAGCACCAACGACCUGAGCAGCUCCAGCCAGUAUAGCUUCGAUAGCUUCAACGCCUACGGGGGCCGCAGGACCCAUGCCCCCAUGCUGAACCAGGUGCAGCAACAGCCGCGUCCGCACUACGGCAGCUGCUACUCGAUGAUCGAACGGGAUCCCAAUCCGCGAUAUAUCAGCACCACCUCCAGGAGGGGGGUGAGUCCUGCUCCGGGCGCAGUGGCCGCUCCACCAUUACCGCUGCAACCACCACCCGCCUACGAUCGCCAGCAGCGAAGAGCCUCACUGCCUAGGGAGCUCCACGAACAGCAGCUGAAGUACAUACUCUCCAAGGAAGAGGAACUGAAGCUGGAGGUGGAGCGACUGCAGCACGAGCGGCGUCGCCUAAUGGAGGAAAUGCAGAGAGCGCCCGUACUGCCCGCCCCCCAGCGCAGGGAGAGCUACCGGCCGGCUGCCAAGCUUCCCACCCUCAGCGAGGACGAGGUCUUCCGCCAGCAGAUGGCCGAGGAGUGGAUGAACAAGGUGGCCGAGCGGGAGGAGCGCCGCCACAACAAGAUAAUACGCAUCUCCAAGAUCGAGGACGAAGCGGAACACGCAACUGCCGAGAGGGGAACCAUCAGCGAUGAGUUCCUGGACCGGGUCAAGGAGCGGCGGCACAAGCUGUCCAUGCCGGCGGACAGUGACUGGGAGAGUGGAGCCGAGUCGCAGCCCCAGCCGAACGCCAAUCAGUCGCAGGGCGAGUCGGAUGUGGAGGCGCCACCGGUACGCAUCCUCGAGGGCCAGGCCGAGGCCAAUCUGCGCCAGCUGCCACGGCACCUGCGGGAGUUCGCCAAGUUCUCCACCAGCGAGCAACUGCCCGAUGGCGGCCAGAUGGAGCGACAUGAACAGCAGGAGCGGCACGAGGAGGCCACGGACAACUCGCACAGCAGUGCCAGCAAGAAGACCAGCAUCGUGAAGACCUACAAGGUGUCCCGGCUACCGCCGUCCGUGCAGGCCCGUCCGUCGUACAAGAGCAACGGCUACGUCUCAGAGCCCGAACCCAACUACGACUCCGACUACUCGACUACGGUGAGGUACCGCACCCAGAAUCCGCACCGCGUGCAGUCCGUCUCCUCGGCUGUCAAUGUGCGAAACCUCAACCAGGACGAGAAGUUGUAUGGUACUAUGCCAAAUCCUAUAAAAUCAGCACAGAACUCGUAUAAAAAUCAGCCAGGUCGCAUUGAGGACUACACCACCGGUCAUUCGUCAGUUUCCGAAAAGGAAAAGAAGGAGUGGUGGGACGAAGUGAUGGACAUCUUUAACGGGAAUCUUGAACAAUCGAAGCUAUCACCUUUGUACACCGAAGGUAACUUGUCCAGAGCUCUGGCUAAGGAAUCUGGCUAUACCAGUGACUCGAACCUAGUCUUCCGCAAGAAGGAGCUUCCAGUGAGCAGUCCUUUGAGUCCCGUGGAACAAAGGCAGGCCUAUAAGAGUCUCCAGGCAGGCGGAGAACCUCCACUGCUCGGCUUCCGCAAGCCAGCCCCCGAGAAGCCCCGUGAAAUCGUGGAGGAGUUCGAAUUCAUACAGAUCACUCCCACGCUCACAAAGAUUCGAGUGAGCACCAAGGAGCUGGAAGAGGAAGAACCAGUAAAGCCCUCAGCCCCACCCCCACCACCGCCACCACCGCCGCCGCCACCACCUCCGACCCACACUCAAAGCUUGCCAGGAAGGAAAAGCCAGAAGCCGACGAAGAUGUUCUCGCAGAUUUCGAAGAAUCUGCCCUCGUUUAUACCGCUGAGCAAGAAGCAGCAGGCGCCGCAGGAUGAGCCUCCGCCAAGGCCGCCCCACCGAAAGUCCAGCUGCACCAAGAGCACUGUCCGAGUGCUCAGUUCCGCCUCCAAGUCCAGGCACGAGCAGUGCUUCCAGCCGCCGAACGGCCCGGCUACUGGAGUGUCCACCAUCACUCUGAGGAAAGUGGCCACCUCGAGCUGUUCCCGGCGGGAGCCCAUCUGUCGCUCCAAGUCCGUCGGGGCUGUGUCCACGCUGCUGCAGACUCUCACGGCCACCAAGGAGACAAGGCUGACCCGCCGGGUGCAACAACAGCAGCAGCAGUCCCGCCUGAGGUCAGCCAGUCCCAGUCGUCGGCCUGCUCGCCUCCUGGCACUGCGUCAGUCCAGCCGCAGUCCUGUGGCCUUUGGCCGAAGCAUCUCCAAGGAGCGGAGCUUUGCCGAAGAGAAGAAGCGCCUGGAGAAUACCUUGCCAGCCAGCCGCACCAACUUCGAGGCCAGCACGAAUAUACUCCGGGAUCCCUCGCUGAAAUCUCCCCAAGAAGUGAAGGAGGCAGUGCGUUCCUAUGCCACUUCGCGCAGCAAGUCGCUUCCGAGACUCCGUCCCACUGUCAGUACAGUGAGCACUACCACGCGACAGACCAUGUGCUUCCCGCAAGUGCGGCCACAAACGUUGCUGGCUUGUGGAAGCCGCUCGCUGAAGAAGUCGUCUUCCAAGAACGCCAAGGGUCAGGCCAAAACCGGCUCCAAUGACAGCCUGCCGCGCAGCAACUCCACCUUCUCCAUUGACUCGAUCGUGCACCAGGAGUACGUUCCCAUUGCCCCGCCCAAGACCUAUGUGGGUAAAUCCAGGGGCACUGGGGGCUCCAAGGCUCUGGUGCCGCUUCAGAGCAGUCGCAGCGAAGGACACGUUCCCAGGAAGCGUCAGCAAGGGAAGUCAGCCACCAAGCCAGCACCACCACCACCACUUACGGUUCACUCGUACAGCGAGUCGGUGCGGGAGAAGACCAACUUCUGGAACGACUACAAUGCCAAGCAGGCCAUGUCCCUGCCGCAGGAGUACAAGUUCUGCUCAGAGGAUGUCUGCGACUUCUCGGCUCCCCCGCCGCAGCCGUGCAUCGAGGAUCUGGUGUGGAAGUACGAGGGCAAUGACCAGCACCGUCCUCCCAAGCAAGUGGCUGUGACGGACAUUGCCCGUCCCCUGUCGCCGCAGCUGAGUCAGGAGCGCCGCUUCUCACCCACUCGGGAGGUGAGGGUGCCCCAAAUCAACCGGGAGGUGCGCUCCCCAUCGCGCCGUCGUAUAGAUAGCCUGCGGUCCAAGGAGAAGGAUCAGUCCCUGGCCCGGGCUAGCAGCCUGAGCAGUGCCGACGACCGUGGCCGGAAGUCGACUCCAGCCCCCUCUCAGGGUCUCUAUCUGUGCGGAGAACUGGCCCACAGCGCCACUUCCCUGACCCACCUGGAGCGCCACAGCCCCAGCUGCCGGUAUCGCAACAACUGUGAGCGUUUCACCGAACUAAACCGAUUCUACAGCACCCUGGAGCGAGUGGGGCAGCUGGAGAGGGCCACCUCCUCCAGCAGCUUCCAUCCACUGCGCAAGGAUGCCGAGCUCCUGGACUUCGAUGAGUGGCGCAAGGUGAGGCUGCAUGAACGAGCCGAGAAGGAGCUGCAUUACCUGGUGGGCAAGCUGCAGGAUGACCAGAAGCAAAGGGAUCUUCACUUUCGGUCCAAGGACGUGGAAGCCAUCAAGUGGCGCCAGGACGCAGAUCAAGCCCUGUGCACCAAAAAGAAAUCCGUUGAGGAUCUGCGGGACAACUUCGAGCAGUUGAACUUGCUCCGGCAGCAACAGCAGUUCGAAUCCGAGCCCGUUCAUCGCCACUGGAGGCGCAACACGGUGGCCGACCUGGCCAGUAGUCUGGAGCACCGCGUGGAGGUAGAACCCGAAAUGGAUCGCCAUUUGGACAACGACCUAGUAAGCACCUUGUCCAAGGAUCAGAUCAAGAAGAUCACCCAGCAACUAAACGAGAUUUACUCCGGCAACCGCCAGAUUCCCGCCGUCGAGGAGCAGUACGUGGUCACUGUGGAGAAGGGUACUCGCCCAAAUGGCCUAAAAGUCCGCUGCAACUCGAGCAUCUCCAAGGACCAGCUCCUCGGAUCGGUUCAGCGUAAGAGGGAGGAACAGCAAGUCAACCAGACGCUGCCCCGUGCCACCCGGAGUCAGUCGCCUGUGGUGGUGGCCAGGGAGACUCGUGGCGCCAUUGCGGCCAAGAACGCGGAGUUGACACUCACGAAGCCGCCAGAAGUGCCUCCCCGGCCAAAACCCACGCCCAGCCAGGAGGUGAAAGCCAAGCCGCCACCCAAGGAAGAAGCCAAAGAGGAUUCUCGUGAGGCCACGGAAAACAUCAACCAGAAGAUACAGUAUUUCGAGGAUCGCCAGUUCGAUGAACCACCAAAGACCAUUUACCACGCUCGCGAGGACUCCUCUCCGGACGAGGCGGAGGUCAUGCGACUCAUCGAGCACAACAUGCAGGAGCGGCAGAGGGCUAAAGGACAGACCUGCCUGCAGCACCAGGAGCUGAGCAACUCUCUGACCGAUCUUAGCGGGGUGUUCGGCGAACGACCUGCCGCCCGGGUAAAUUUUCACUUGCACAGCCCACCCGAGCGCCCGCCCGACGAUACGGAACUUAUCAGCUUUGGGAACGGUUCUCCGGAUCCCGCAGACGCCAGUCUUGAGCUCUACUCGGACUCGUACUACCGUUCGAGGAGCUUGUCGCCCCAAAGCCAGGUCUCCGCCUGCUCCAGCUCCUACUUGCAGAGGGUCUACACCGGGGAAGUGCGGAAAAUGCGCCAGCACUUCGAGAGCAUCCACCAGUCCGGCGAACAGUCCCGGGAGCAGUCCUCAGAACGGCGGGAUUUUUUUGGGCUUAGCUCGCUGCGGAGGGCGCGCAGCGAUCCCGAAGUGAAUGCGGGAUCCAAAGACGCCCCGGACACCGCUUCGGAGGCGGUGUCGAAGGUGCAGGCCACCGAGUCUGGUGGUGGUGUGCCCCGACUGACCCACAAGUUCGAGGUACGAGGCGCCACGCCAUCGCCCGAGCGCGGAAGGCGGCGUCAGAGGAGCGCCCAGGAUCGUCUGAUGCCUCACAUCGAUAUCAUUAGCAAGACGGCGGCCUUGAAGCGGGAGCUCCUGCCUCGGAGCAGCCCCACCCGGAGCCUGAGCACCGGCAGCCAGUGUGUUGAGCGCUUGAGGAUGCGCUACGAAUCGCCGGAGCUGCAGACCCACAGCUACCUGUCCACCUCGCACCCGGACAUGCGGGAUGUGCACGUCAUCUCGCCGCACCUGAGUGCCGACUGGGUGGCCCACCGCCACCCACAACCCUCGAAGCCCAAGCCUCAGCUGCCCAAAAAGCCCCAAAGGGAGGUGGUCCAAAGAGCCAGCUCCACCUCGCCGCCACGACCGGCCAGGUCGCAGAGCCACCGCCUCAGUUCCCGGCUCACCAGCUGCAUGAAGGACAUCUUCGCCAACCAGAAGUUCGAUCCCAGCAAGCAUCGUCCCAAGGCUCGGUACGUUCCUGACGAAGCGGAGACCAGCAAGAAGAAACCGGAUGGUGCUGUCAAGGAAAAGAGCCAGCCCAAUGGCAAUGGCACCCUGGAACGUCUCAAGAAGACCAUGGCAGUGACUUUUAAAGAUCUCGACCCGAAUGCGCCUCCUAUUCCCCCCCAGCCGCCAGUCAAGGGUCUCUCCACCUACGAUAUCCCGUACAACUCUGACACCGUCGACGGAACAGAGUCUCCCAAUCGUUACUAUGCCACAGACGUGAACAUCCACUUCAAGACCCCGAUCAGGCAUGAGCAGCGCCAGAACAUACCGGAGGACGAACUAGCCAUACGCCAAGCGGAGCACAUGCAAAAGCUCUACCAGGAGGAGCGUCGUCGCAAGUAUCUACAGGAGUUGCAGGACAUGAAUUCGCGACGCCACACGGACAACUUUACGCCCUCCCAGAAGUCGCCCAUCGCCCUCAAUCGCUACGAUGACUUCCCCACGGACGUGACCCUCAAGUCACUGGUGGGCCCCAAGACAGUGGCCCGGGCCCUAUUCAACUUCCAGGGACAGAGCUCCAAGGAGCUCUCCUUCCGCAAGGGUGACACUAUCUACAUCAGGCGACAGAUCGAUCCGAACUGGUACGAGGGCGAACACAAUGCCAUGAUUGGCCUGCUGCCAGUUAGCUAUGUCGAGGUUGUCAGCCGCGAUGGAGCCCGCACCCCCUCCAAGAGGCCAUCGGAGGGCCAAGCCCGUGCCAAAUACAACUUCCAGGCACAGUCCGGCAUCGAACUCUCCCUGAACAAGGGUGAGCUGGUGACACUGACGCGCCGAGUGGACGGAAACUGGUUCGAGGGCAAGAUAGCCAACAGGAAGGGCAUCUUCCCCGUCUCCUAUGUGGAGGUACUCACGGACAUUGGAGCUGAGGACAUUGCGGCAAGGACGACCGUGAUCAGCAGCCAAAGCACCACCAACCUGCGACCCACUCUGGACGCGCUGCGCACAAACAUCAACAAUGAGUUCAACACCCUUACGCAAAACGGAUCCCAGCCACCAAAUGGCAUCCUCAAGGAGACGCGAACGCUGCAGAAGACGGAUGCCCUCCACGUGGACACCAGUUCCGAGCCAUUGGCGUACCGCGCCCUGUACAAGUACCGGCCCCAGAACUCGGACGAGCUGGAGCUGCUCGAGGGCGAUGUGGUCCAUGUGCUGGAGAAGUGCGACGAUGGAUGGUUUGUGGGCACCUCGCAGCGCACCGGCUGCUUCGGCACAUUCCCCGGCAACUACGUGGAACGGGCCUAGAGGAGAUGACCGGGAAUCCUGUCCCCGGGCCGGAGGUCAUGUCUCUAAUCUUAAUGAAUUUUUGUAGUCUAAUGCGAUGAGGAGGACCGUGGCCGGGGCGAAGGCAGGCUCUAAGAUUAACUCUGAUUUGGUUUAACUGGAUUAUUUUAUGUUGUUGUUGAAUAAUUCUUAUCCCGCUAAUUCUGAUGCUUUCGUUUGCCGUAAUUUAAAGCUAUUUAUUUAUUUUUAAACAGAGCAUUAAUUAUAUCAAUGUUGGAAUUACGUUUAUUUAUGAAGUGCAAAUAUUAACCAGACGUUGUACCCUCCACUGUCCCCCACUCCGACACCCCAUUCACCAACGCCCUCACACACACACACACACACACACCAAAUAUCGAAGAAACUAAAUUAAGAUCAUACUUAUAUAUGGUAUAUAUUUUGUCGUUUACCUACUAAUUUUAACUAGUCACAGCUAAUUUCCAAAAAGAGAAUCAAACUAUGAGAAGCAAGCAGAGACCGUUGAACUAAAGUGCCUUAAAGUUGAAAUUUUAAUGACUAAAAUUAAAAAAAAAAAUUAAAUAAAAUAAAAAAUCAAGUGCUAAGAACCAAGUGCCCCUGUUGAGUCGGCGAAAUGGAUAUUUAUUAUUGAUAAUUAAUAUUUAUGAUGAUAUUGUCGAGUCCGAACCAACAGAAACCAUUUUAUAAUCAUUAAAAGCGUUUAUUACACAGACACUGUUGCAAGCGUAUUUAGUAAAUAAAGAUGAAACUAAAAAACAAA